CAUCCAACUGUAGUCUGUCUGUCCAAAGCAUCUCGGAGAGCACUCACUCCAAAACGUGGAAACAAGGAUUUCUACAAAGGCACUCGGCAAGCAUUUCUUCCAGGUGGUCACCGCACGGGUGCUCCAGGAAAACAUGUCAUUGGAGGUUCAGCAAAGUAUCGUCUCUUGGACGAAAAAGUGCGCAUCUUCAUCGCACCUUCUGUUGCGGAUAUGAAAGAAUCUACAGUAUGCGCGCUGUUUUGCCUUUCCUUUUUGUGGUUUCUCUAAUUUGAUUCUCUCAGCUAAAGCCAUACGUUGGCCUUGAUGUCAAAUUGUCGACGGCACAG